AUGAAGAGCUCCUGUCUUUUCAUUUUCUUGUGCUCUCUGCUCCCCGGGAUUCUCGGAGCCGCAAUUCGAGAGAAGCGUCAAUCGAAUCAGAAACAGUUCGUUGAUGAACUGAACAACGUACGAAAACAACUCGCAGUCGCCGGCAAUAUUUCGAACAUGUGGAAAUUGGAAUGGUCUGAUGAACUCGUUGAGAAACUGCACUCCCUGAAUGUUGAUGACUGCUUGGGCAUGGCUCCUGCCUAUAACUACCGAUUCUUCUACGAAGGAGGUAAUCGUGAUGCUAUGGAGUACGAGAAUGGAUGGGUUAAAUUCUUCGCAGCAAAUGCUAAUAACAAGGAGGCUCUGAAGAAAGCUCUCGAUGAAUUGACUCCUCGUACCGCAUACUUCCUCGAGAGAAUUCAUCCGGCUCAAUCGAAAGUUGGAUGCAUUCCACAUGACUGUAAAUUUGAUAUCGAUAUGGCGGAUCGUUAUCCAGAAUACACGUAUCAUCUCAAGUAUAACUACAUCUGUCUCAUUGGCCCAUACGGUCAAUUCUCCCUAGACGAUGGUACUGGGAAGCCGGGUACAAGAUGCGGACCAUUCGGACAAAACGAGGAUGGAUUAUGCGUAGAAAGCGUCUAG